CGGGGGAGACAGAGAGGGAGCGUGUGCAGAGAAUUAGCACACGGGAGAGACGGAAGGCGCAGGAUUGGUUGGAGCAGACUUCGACUGAUGCCCGUUGCUUGGACUGUAGCCACUUCUGACAGAGAGAUAUCUGGGAAGUGAAGAGAAAGGGAGAGAGGUAUCUGGGAAAUGAAGAGAAAGGGAGAGAGAUAUCUGGGAAGUGAAGAGAAAGGGAGAGAGGUAUCUGGGAAAUGAAGAGAAAGGGAGAGAGAUAUCUGGGAAGUGAAGAGAAAGGGAGAGAGGUAUCUGGGA